CCUCAAGGGUCUCUUCAGUGGAACACAUAACUCCAUCUCAUUUCUUAAGAGUGAAAAGAAAAAAGAAAAAAAGGAAAAAAAAAACUAAACAUGGCAGAGUCUCUCCGUAUGACUAUAGCUGUUCUUGGGAAUGUUGCUGCAGUGUCUCUUUAUGCUGCACCAACGGUUACCUUCAAAAGGGUCAUAAGGAAGAAAAGCACAGAGGAGUUUUCAUGCAUUCCUUACAUCGUAGCACUCAUGAACUGUCUCCUUUUCACUUGGUAUGGAUUGCCAGUUGUAAGCAACAAGUGGGAAAAUUUCCCUCUGGUCACAGUUAAUGGAGCUGGCAUUCUUUUUGAACUAUCUUAUGUUCUCAUUUAUUUCUGGUUUUCUUCACCCAAAGGAAAGGUGAAGGUGGCCAUGACAGCAAUACCAGUUCUUAUAGUGUUCUGUGUCAUUGCUAUAUUAUCAUCUUUUGCCUUCCACGAUCAUCGUCACCGAAAGCUUCUCGUAGGGGGUGUAGGCUUGGGGGUCUCAAUAGCAAUGUAUUCAUCUCCUUUGGUUGCAAUGAAGAAAGUGAUACAAACCAAGAGUGUGGAAUUCAUGCCACUACCUUUAUCUUUGUGCUCAUUCUUGGCCAGUUCACUGUGGCUAACUUAUGGACUCCUCAUUCGGGAUAUAUUCGUUGCGGGACCAAGUGUUAUUGGAACUCCAUUAGGCAUACUCCAACUCGUUCUCCACUGCAAAUACAGGACGAGGAGAGAAACUGAAGAGAACAACAAGGUGGACCCGCACAAGGGUAACAUAGAGAAGGUGGACUUGGAAAUGGGACAUGGAAAAGAAUGUGUCAGUUCUUAGUAACUGCAACUCGUGAUCCAUGACAACCUCGGUUCAAUGAUUUCAACCGGUUCUUUUCGGAUUCCGGUUUUUAUGUUUAGAAAAACAAAAACAAAAAAAUAUAAGGUUAUUUAGUUGGUCAUCUCAGCUAAUGUAUUCACCGCAUAAAUUUAAGUCAUAGUUGCCUAGCGCAUGUCCCGUUACAUGCUUUCUUUUUCGUGUGAACUGGUUUGUGCCACCUAGUUAUGUUUGAGAAUUUAAUAGCGUAGACUUCGAUUUCACAGAGCCAUCUCUAUAUAAAAUUUUAAUGAGGCGAUUUAUGAUUAA